GGAACUUCAAAGGUCUCUGCAAGCAAAUCGAUCACUUCCCAGAGGAUGCAGAUUACGAAGCUGACACAGCAGAAUACUUCCUCCGGGCCGUGAGAGCCUCGAGCAUUUUCCCGAUCCUGAGUGUGAUUCUGCUCUUCAUGGGUGGACUCUGCAUCGCAGCCAGCGAGUUCUACAAGACUCGACACAACAUCAUCCUGAGUGCCGGCAUCUUCUUCGUGUCUGCAGGUCUGAGUAACAUCAUUGGCAUCAUAGUGUACAUAUCUGCCAAUGCUGGAGACCCCUCCAAGAGCGACUCCAAAAAGAAUAGUUACUCGUACGGCUGGUCCUUCUACUUCGGGGCCCUGUCCUUCAUCAUCGCCGAGAUGGUCGGGGUGCUGGCCGUGCACAUGUUUAUCGACCGGCACAAACAGCUGCGGGCCACGGCCCGCGCCACGGACUACCUCCAGGCCUCGGCCAUCACCCGCAUCCCCAGCUAUCGCUACCGUUACCAGCGCCGCAGCCGCUCCAGCUCCCGCUCCACCGAGCCCUCACACUCCAGGGACGCCUCCCCCGUGGGCAUCAAGGGCUUCAACACCCUGCCGUCCACGGAGAUCUCCAUGUACACCCUCAGCAGGGACCCCCUGAAGGCCGCCACCACGCCCACCGCCACCUACAACUCCGACAGGGAUAACAGCUUCCUCCAAGUCCACAACUGUAUCCAGAAGGAGAACAAAGACUCUCUCCACUCCAACACAGCCAACCGCCGGACCACCCCCGUAUGAAGCCCGCGGGGGGCCUGGCGGCGCCGCAGGAGAGCCGCGCAGCCCCCCCCCUCGCGUGGGCCCCCCCCCCGAGGAGGGGGGGAGGAGGGGGCGGGAACCCAACCAUCCACUGGGGCGGGGACCUUCCAAAAGCAAAAAAAAAAACAAAAAAACAAAAAAAGAGAAAAACGUAACAAGCAAAUUUAAAAAAAAAGAACAAAAUAUAAGAGGAACAAAGAAGCAAAACGACAGGAAAUGUGACAAAAAAAAUAUUAACCGAGGGAAAGAAAAACAAACUUAAAAAUAAAAAAAGCGAGCGAGGUUAAAAAAUUAAA